CUGGGAGGGCUCUCUGGAGCGACCAUGGCGUUUGGGAAGAGUCACCGCGAUCCCUACGCUACCUCUGUGGGUCACCUCAUAGAAAAGGCUACCUUUGCUGGAGUUCAGACUGAAGACUGGGGCCAGUUCAUGCAUAUCUGUGACAUAAUUAACACCACACAGGAGGGGCCAAAAGAUGCAGUAAAAGCUUUGAAGAAAAGGAUCUCCAAAAACUAUAACCACAAAGAAAUCCAACUUUCCUUAUCACUCAUUGACAUGUGCGUGCAGAACUGUGGCCCGAGUUUCCAAUCUCUGAUUGUGAAGAAGGAGUUCAUUAAAGAUACUCUUGUUAAGCUGCUGAAUCCCAGAUACACGUUACCGUUGGAGACUCAGAACAGAAUCUUGAAUUUCAUUAAGACCUGGUCCCAGGGCUUCCCAGGAGGUGUAGAUGUAAGUGAAGUGAAGGAAGUGUACCUUGACCUGCUGAAGAAAGGGGUUCAGUUCCCACCCUCGGAUGGAGAGCCUGAGACAAGGCAGGAGGCUGGUCAGACCUCACCAAAUCGACCGACAUCUGUCCCCACUGCGCCUGCUCUUUCUUCUAUAAUUGCUCCCAAGAACCCGACUAUUUCCUUAGUCCCGGAACAGAUCGGGAAGCUGCAUAGUGAACUGGAUAUGGUGAAAAUGAAUGUGAAAGUGAUGACAGCCAUAUUGAUGGAGAACACUCCUGGCUCCGAAAACCAUGAAGACAUCGAGCUCCUGCGGAAACUUUACAAGACGGGUCGGGAGAUGCAGGAGAGGAUCAUGGACCUGCUGGUGGUCGUGGAAAAUGAAGACGUGACUAUGGAGCUAAUUCAAGUGAACGAGGAUCUGAAUAAUGCCAUCCUUGGAUACGAGAGGUUUACUCGAAACCAACAAAGGCUUUUGGAACAGAAGAGGAACCCGACAGAAGCCACCAGUACUUCCAGCGAGCCCUCUGCUCCUUCCUGCGACCUCCUCAACCUAAGUCCCAUCGUGCCAGUGCCUACGCCCAACGAGGGAGCACUCAACUCCGUGAACGCUCAGCUUUCAGGCCUAAGUGUCAGUUCUCCGAGUCCUGUUAUAACAAACAACUUGUAUCCCAGUCUUCAGCCACAGAUGGAUUUAUUAGCAUCAGAAGAUAUAGAAAUACCCACCUUGUUUCCCCAGAGGACCAGCCAAAACUUCGCCUCGAGUCACACCUAUGAUAAUUUUCUGGAACACUCCAAUUCAGUAUUACUCCAGCCAGUUAGCCUCCACACUGCCACAGCAGCAGCAGCAAACCAGAGGCUGCCACCCUUGCCAAGCAGUCAUCCAGUGAUAAAAAACAGUGAUCUCCAGCCACCCAACUACUACGAGGUAAUGGAGUUUGAUCCGUUAGCUCCCACUACAGAAGCCGUUUAUGAAGAAAUUGAUGGUUACCACCACAAAGGAGCUCAAAGUCAUAGUGACUGCUGAGAUACACAAAGCGCCAGCUCUCUUAAGGGAUCCCUGAUCAGCUGAGGCCUGACAGACAAGACCUGCCAACAGGGAGAGCCCCAGUGGACCACUUCUCUGCUGGAAGCUUCAACAGAACAGUUAACCCUUCCUGGCCAGCACUGCUGUUCCUGACAAUGCCUUGAGACUUCAGGAAAAUCUGGUUGUGAGGAAAACUGCCUAGGACUAGAACUCAGAAAUCCGCCUGCCUCUGCCUCCUGAGUGCUGGGAUUAAAGGCGUGUGCUACCAACACUGGCUAACCUGUAGACUCUUACAUUGUGCAGGCAUUGCUAUCAGUACAAAUCAUGACAGAUCUGAUAGGGGUACUUUAAGAUCGAUCAUCCUACUAUAAAAUAUUGUAAACAGAUGGGGAAAGAAGAAAAUGAGUGCCUUUAUUUAACAGAAUCGUUUGUACUUGUUUAUAAAUAACAUUUUGGUUUAGAAUUGCCUAAAAGACUUGUUUAAUUAUAUUUCAAGUGCCUGAGUUGGCCACUGCACCAGGUGGCCUAAGAUAUAGUUAGUUCUAUGUAAUGUUAAACAUUCUUGCCUUUUAUUAUAAUUUACAUUCUGAUUUGAAACAAAGACUCUUGGAAAACUGGACAGUGUAUCAUUUACAUAAAAUUAAAUUACUAUUAAUUUGUCAGAAUUCUGUUGUUGUUUUGUCUUCUAGUUUAAUGAGUUUUUAUGUCAGUAAAUCUUCACAAUUUCACCCUUACAUAAUGUUAAUGAACUUGGAUUUAUAGUGGUAAAUGCUAACUUAGAUUAGCAGGUGUAAUUCUUCUGUUAGAUCAUGAUACCAUCAUUUCCAAAGUACUCGGAAUAAAACAGCCCUCAAGCUUAACAGAAAAAGGCACACUUUCACUCAGAAGGCACACUUGGGAGCAAGUGACUCCUCCUCCACACUGAGUUUUUAACUGUUGGGUCAGCCAAAGAAAGCUCAGCAUGUGAAGGCAUGUGUCCCUUGUCUGAUUCCUGAGACCCUCACAGUAAGAGAAAGCUGUCCCCCACAGCAUGCCCAUUGCUGCAGUAUGGGUGCCAUUCAUCCUCCCCACAUAUUAAGAAAAUAAAUAAAUUUUAAGAAUUUUAAAUGGUGUCAGUUUAUACUGAAGGAAAAUAGCAGCCAGCAUGCCUAUGAACUAAAACAGUUGCAUACAGCAGGGCGUGGUGGCACACGCCUUUAAUCCCAGCAUUGAGGCCAGCCUGGUCUACAGAGUGAGUUCCAGGACAGC